GAGAAAAUGGCGGGCGAAGAUGAACUGAAGCUGUUGAGUACAUGGGGGAGCCCCUGGGCUUCCAGAGUGAAACUCGCGCUCCACUUCAAGGGGUUGAGCUACGAGAACAUCGAGCAGGACCUCAACAACAAGAGCGACCUCCUCCUGGCGUCCAACCCGGUGCACAAGAAGGUGCCCGUGCUCAUCCACAACGGCAAGCCAAUCUGUGAGUCGGUCGUCAUUCUAGAGUACAUCAACGAGGCCUUUGGCAGCACCGGCCCCUCCCUCCUGCCAACUGACCCCUACGAACGUGCCAUUGCUCGGUUUUGGGUUGACUACAUUGACCACAAGCUAGUCAUCCCGUGGAAAGUGGCGUUCACGGCCAACACGGAAGAGGAUAAGACUGAAGCGAUAAAGCAAAUAUUAGCGGGGGUGAAGGUGCUAGAGGGGGCUCUCAAGGAAUGCUCCAAUGGGAAGCCCUUCUUCGGCGGUGAUAACGUUGGAUACGUGGAUAUAGCACUAGGCGGUCUGUUAGCGUUUAUGCAAGGAACUGAAGAACUAUGUGGUACCAAGCUCUUUGGCACCGCGAAUACCCCACUUCUGCUUGCUUGGGUGGAGCGCUUCACUACGCUGGACGCUGCCAAGGCGGCUCUGCCAGACGCCAGCAAGUUGGUUGCGUUUGCAAAGACAAGGCAGGCACGAAUUGCUGCUACUAUAAAUGUACCUGUCAAGAAAUGA